AUGUGUCAACUGGACGAGCUCAAGGACUAUGGAAAUAACACAGUCCUUUUAAUGAUACUGUUUCUGUUCACUGCUCUUAUGAUACUUUCGAUCUACAUGAAUACUGACAACAUCACCAAGGGAGUAUUCUCAACUUGCUCGUUUGUCGGCUACACGGGGAUGUUUGUCUGGGUUAAGAAGAGAAAGAUUGAACAUGAUACGAUUAUAAGACAAGCUCUCCCAAUCGCUAUUUUCCAAUUGUUCGUAAUCGGAGCACAAACUUUUCUGGAGUUCCAGCCAAAUCCUAAACUCUCUCCUCAUGCUCGUAUAUUUUUGGACAUUUGUUUCUCAGCAGCGUGCACCGUCGCUGUUCCAUUCUGCAUUGUCAUCGGGGAUAGUGAAAAACGCGAAAUUUUCUACAGUACACCAUGCUGUUGUUAUUGCUAUUGCCAGCCCCGCCCACCACCACAGAUAACCAUUCAAAAAGAAGCCAACAGCAGAGCAGAAAGACAAAAAAUGGAAGAAGAAGCAGCGAUCAAGGAAAGAAGACAGGAAAAGGAAAAGAGAAGAAAGCAAAGAGAGAUGGAAAAUAAUUUUCAUAAUUUGGAUGAUAGCUUAGAGAGUAAUGAAUCCGGUAUUUAA